GAUUUAGAUGUGAGCACCUUGCACAGAACUGAGCUGGAGGUAAAACUCAACGGGCUCCAAGAGCUGAUGGAUUUGAAGAAAACUAUCUACAAGCAGGAACUCGAGGAGCUGCUGACAGAAAUUAAGGACAUUUCUGUUGUUCUGGGAAUUGACAAUGCAUGCAAACUUGACCUGAGCAGAAUCGUGGAAGAAGUGAGGGCCCAGUAUGAAGCUCUGGCUCUUCGGAGCUGGGAGGAGGCUGAAGCACUUACCAGGAGGAAGCUGAAUGAAGGAAGCACCCAGUCAGGCACCUAUGGGGUUCACCUCCUUGACAGCAGACGGGAGAUCGCAGACCUAAACAUACAGAUCCAGAAGCUGAGGUCCUGCAUCGUGUCCCAAAAGAGCCAGUGCCUGCACUUGGAGGAGCACAUUAAAGAAGCAGGAGAGCAUGGUGAGGUGGCCCUCAAGGAUGCCAAAGCCAAACUAGUCAAGCUAGAAGAAGCCCUACAGAAGAGCAAGGAGGAUAUGGCUCACCUGGUGAAGGAGUAUCAGGAGUUGAUGAACAUCAAGCUGGCACUGGAUGUGGAGAUCCUCACUUACAGGAAGCUGAUGGAAGGGGAGGAAAGCAGCAUGGAGCAACCCAUCCCCACAAUCAUCAGCACCGUCCACUCCAGGACAAAGCACCUUUCCGCCAGCACCUUGAGAAACUCCAAGCUGUUUGCAGGAGGAACAGGCAGCACCAACGGUGAGAUGAAGCCAAAUGGCAUCAGCAGAAAGAUGCCACCUUCUAGAAGCUACAGCGACAACUCAGUGACACCUGAAGCAGACACGUUCAUCAGUGGUGCUCGGCCAAAGUUCAGCUCCCUGCCCACUGAAGAAUGCUCCUAG